AUGGCGACCAACGCAACUGCUCCUGCUGCCGGUGAUGGCUCUGCUACAGCAUCGCUUGCGCCUGCACCUACGCCUGCCACUGCGCUUGCGCCUACGCCUGCUGCUGCUCCAGCUUCAUCCGCAAGCGAUCCGGUGGCCACCCACGCCACCCUCGCUCGGCUCUCGGCUUCCCUGCAGGAGACACUGGCCAAUCCAGCGCCGGCUGCCCAGGACCUCCGCCCUCUCUUCACCGCCCCGCUGGCAGGUCUCGAGUACUGGCUCCGUGAUUACGCCGACGCCAUCGUCACCCUCUCAGCCUUUCCUACCUUUGUGCACGAGUUCAAGGACCUUGCCGCUGCCGAGGACGCCAUUACUGCGGCUGUCGCCGAUGCAGGCUCCGCCGCUGCUGUUCGCACCGCCGCCGCCCGCGUUGCUGCUGCCGGCAUGGGCGUCUUUGCCUCCAUCGCCACUUGGGCUGAGACUAACGACGUUGCUGCCCGCAACGACUAUCUGGCUCGCGUUGACGCCUCGGUCAUCCCGCCGCUCCGCGAUUUUGUCGAGGCCUUGCAGGGCUACGUCGCCGCCGCGCCACAGCCCGACUCGCUCCGCGGCGACACUCCGCCGCUCUCGCCGGUCCUGCACUCCCUCUCCGCAAACUCUCUUCCCGACACGUCGCCCUCGCCGCAGCCCGCCGCUGCUGCUGCCCCGGCUGUCGACUCGGCCUACGAGCGCCUCCGCUCCGUCGCCGGCUUUGUCGCCCAGGCCGCCUCGCAGCUCGACGCCGAGUCGCGCUCCCGCGCCUCUGUCCACCGCGCCUUCCUCGAGCGCGCCGCCGGCGCCGCCCGUGCCGCCUCCGCCGCCCUGCACGAGCUCGGGGAGACCCGCGGCGACCCGUCGUCUGUCUCGCGCCUCUCGCUCGACGUCAUGAUGGGUGUCGACCAGGUCGCGUCCAUCCUCCACCAGCUCGCCUCCUCUUCCAAGCAUGUCGGCGUCUCAGAGGGCUGCAAUCGCGCCGCAGCUGGCGUCCUUGCUGCCUGGAAGAACUUUGACCACAACGUGCUCGAGCAGUACUCGGUCUCGCCCCACGUCGCCUCUGUCGUCGCAGACCACGUCCGCACAGCCUCCGCCCUCGCCGUUGCCGUCCGCAAGGCCACCGUUGCCAUGGUCGAGUAUGCUGCCCAGCCAGAGACCCACGCCCCACCGCAGCAGGCCGCUGAGCAAUCGGCUGCCAGCUACGAGCCCGCCGUCGGCCUUGGCGAGUCGUUUGCCCGCUCCGUCACCGGCACGCCCGACACCCGCUCCACUGCCCCCGUCCGCCUCGACGACAUCUCGCUCGUCCGUGCCACCCCAACGUCGGCGGGCACCCCGGCCAAGUCGUCUCUCGCCACCCCCGCCCCCGCCUCCGGCACCGCCUCCGACGCCCAAGAUCUCGACAUUGUUCAGGCCUAUGGCGCCCUCGUCGACUCGGCCUCGCUCAUGUCUACAAAGUACCGCACGCUCCGCGUCCGCUGCACUACCUCGGCCAAGGCCGCCCUCUCGGAGCGCGCCGCAGAGGGCAUCAAGCGCGCCACAAAGGCCGUGAAGAAGGUCGCCUUCUCCGGCGGCGACCCGCGCCUCAUCGAGGACUACGCCGCCGACCUGCUCCGCAACAUCAAGCGUGUCGUCCGCGUCAUGGAGAAGCUCUCCAUGUCGCGUGCCCUCUCGCGUGACGACCGCAAGAUCGCCCGCUCCUCCGUCCGCGAAGUCACCUCUAAGGCUGUUCGCCUCCUUGAGUCGGCCAAGGUCUACGCCAAGAAGCCGUCCGAGCCGCGUGCCCAGGGCGUUCAUGCUCGCGCCGUCGUCGAGUUUGCUCAGGUCGUCAACAUCCUCGUCACAGACGUCACAGACUACACGCUGCCCGUCGACGAGGCCGGCGAAGACUUUGACUUUUCAGACACAGAGUCCGAGGCCGAGGCCAAGGCUGCCCACGCCGCCGAGCUCGCCGCCCAGGAAAACGCCGCUGCAGAGGCCAAGCUGGAGGCCGAACGUGCCGCCGCCCUCCAGUCCGCCGGAGCAAACCUUCGCUUCGCCAAGUUCCGCGACGUCAUCGCUGCCGUCGACGACGCCCGCGGCCGCUCGCUCAUCCACGACCCGGACAUCGGCGGCUACCUCGCGGGUCUUCGCGACUCGCUCGUCUUCCUCAUCAUGCAUCAGGUCAAGUACGAGCCCGAGCUUUGGUCGGAACAGGUCGAGAAGCUCUCUGCCCAGUCCGCCGCCCUGGUCGGCGCCGUUGACGCCGCAAACACCAACGCCACUCUCAAGUACCACCUGGCCAACGCCGGCCGCGCUGUCACCGCCGCCACUGCCACCUACGCUGACGCCGUCACUGCCUUUGUCGCCGACCCGCUCGCCGACCCGUGGCAGGCUCACAACGACGCUGCCGACUCGCUCGGCGCUGCAUGGCUCAACUGGCUCACCGAUGUCAUCCCAGCCGACCUCGACCUCACAGAGGCCGCCCCGGCCUUUGGUGCCCCGGCCCCCUUCGGCUCGCCGCAGCCUCAGGCCGCCCAGCAGGGCAAUCCGUUUGCCUCGCCGGGACCGUUCGGCUCGCCGUCCGCCUCGCCGCCCGCCGCCCACGGCCAGAGUCAGGGCCAGGGCCAAAAGAGCGGCGGUGGAUGUGUCGUCAUGUAAAGAACCAGAGCUGAC